AGUGUGAUGGCUCUUCUGUGGCCCUGCAUCCUGGUGGCUGCCACAGGAAUUCUAGCUACAGAUACACCUCAUCCCAGGAAUUCUACUCUGCAUCAUCUCACCCAACAUCUACUAGAGCAAUAUCACAAGGAAGUGAGACCUGUUCACAACUGGCAUGAUGCCACCACCGUCUACCUGGACCUAUUUGUCCAAGCUGUAUUGGAUGUGGAUAUACAGAAUCAAAAGUUAAAGACAAGUGUAUGGUACCGUGAGGUUUGGGAUGAUGAGUUUUUAUCCUGGAACUCCAGCAUGUUUGAUGAGAUUAGAGAGAUCUCUCUACCUCUCAGUGCCAUCUGGGCCCCUGAUAUCAUCAUCAAUGAGUUUGUGGACAUUGAAAGAUCCCCUGACAUUCCCUACGUUUACGUGACCUCAUCUGGGAGCAUUAAGAACUUUAAGCCCAUCCAGGUGGUCUCUGCUUGCAGUUUACAGACAUAUGCUUUUCCUUUUGACAUCCAGAAUUGCAGCUUAACCUUCAAUAGCAUUCUGCACACAGUGGAAGAUGUAGACCUGGGCUUCCUGAGGAACAGAGAAGACAUUAAGCAUGACAAAAAAACAUUUUUGAAUGACAGCGAGUGGGAACUUCUUUCUGUGUCCUCAACAUACAGCAUCCUGCAGAGCAACACUGGAGAUUUUGCACAGAUUCAAUUUAAUGUGGUGAUUCGCAGAUGCCCAUUGGCCUAUGUUGUGAAUUUGCUGAUUCCCAGCAUCUUCCUAAUGCUUGUGGAUCUGGGGAGCUUCUACCUGCCACCCAAUUGCCGGGCGAGGAUUGUGUUCAAGACCAGUGUGCUGGUGGGCUAUACAGUCUUCAGAGUCAACAUGUCUAACGAGGUACCUAGGAGCUCAGGGAGCGCCUCUUUGAUUGGGGUCUUCUUCACAGUCUGCAUGGCCUUCUUGGUUCUCAGCUUAUCAAAGUCUAUUCUGUUGGUCAGAUUCCUCCAUGAUGAGUGGAGAAGUGGCCAGGAACUACCCCUCUUGUGCCUUCAAGGGGAUGCUGGCACCGAUGGGUCUAGAAUGGACCCUAGGACCCAGGAUGCUGGAGUAACAGAAUCCCCAGUCUGUCAAGAACACCAGAUCCAGUCAGAAACCCUGAAGGAAGUCUGGUUCCAGAUUCGAUCCAUCAACAACUACCUCCAAACUCAGGAUCAGGUGGACCAACAGGAGGUUGAGUGGCUGGCGCUCCUGUACCGCUUUGACCAACUGCUCUUCCGAAGCUACCUUGUCAUGCUGGGGCUCUAUGCUGUCACCCUGUGCUCUCUCUGGGCACUGUGGAGUGGCUUGUGA